AAGUUAUCGCCUAGAGCAUGCCCAGUGCCUACAGGUUUUAAAAUGUCAGUCCCUGUUUGGUCUGUAAACAUGACAGAACUGUAAAGAAGUACUUGGCAGAAGUUACUGCCGACUCUGAUAUUAGAUAUGAAAAUAGUGUAGUGUUACAAAUAAAAUUGUCGUGAUAAGUUUUAGAAAAAAUGGAAUCCAUUGAUAUUGAGAAGAAAGAUAUGGCUACAACCGAUCCCUCAAGGUUCACAGUAAAAGAUUAUGUUGAUAUUGUGGAAAAGCAAAAGUAUCAAUUUGAUGCAUUCUUUUGCCUUAAAUUUUGGAGACCUAAGCCUAACUUACAUCCUGAAGCAACCAAGUUUAUUGCUGAUAGUAUACUUGAAAGUCCACGUAUGAAAGACGUCAUUCAUCAACUUCUCCUUGAAGGUCAUAAUGGUGUAAACAGCUAUGAAAACAUUGUUGUCCAAAUCAAAACCAUUUUGGAGGAAAUGGGUCAUACAUACAGUCUUGGUACUAUCCGUGUAAUUGGUUUUUUCCUUGCUAAGCUGCUGAGAAAUUUAUAUCAAGGUGUAGCAAUUAACAACUCUGCUGUCCUGAAGGUAAAAAAACUCAUAUUUUAUUUCUUAAAUGAAAUCCAAUAUUUUUUUUUAUCACAGCUCAGUAAGGCAAUGUCUGAAGGACCUGUUUUAAUCUUACCCACACAUAGAAGCUAUGCAGAUUUUCUGCUAAUAUCAUAUCUUUGCUAUACUAUGGAUAUCCCUCUUCCUGUUAUUGCCGCGGGAAUGGAUUUUAAAGGAAUGAAAUUUGUGAAUCGUGUGCUGCAAAACGCGGGUGCUUUUUACAUCAGACGCUCGUUUGGUCAUGACCAACUUUAUUGGGCUGUGGUUUCUCAGUACAUUCAAUACCACAUCAAGAACUUUCAAGCUCCAAUUGAGUUUUUUCUUGAAGGAACACGAAGCAGAAACGGUAAAAGUUUGCCACCCAAAAUAGGUUUAUUAUCGAUGGCGUUGGAACCUUAUUUUAGGGGAGAUGUACCUGACAUUAAAAUUUGUACUGUCAGUAUUACCUAUGAACGUACUCUUGAAGAAAAGCUGUAUGCGUGGGAGGCCCUUGGAGUUCCUAAGCCGAGAGAGUCUACUUCGGGUUUUUUGAGCGCCGUCGGGAAGAUCCGUGGACAGAAUUACGGUCAAAUCUAUGUUAAUGUCUCGGAUCCAAUUUCUGUUCGAGAUCAUAUAAGUAAGCGAACUGAACCAAAUUGGAACACACCGUCGUUUCGCUUUACAUUGAAUGAGUACGAGAAAAGUCGCAUUCAUUCCUUGGCCUGGAACUUGGUCUCUAAGCAACAGAAAGAUGCUAUCACACCAGUGUCUGCCGUUCUUAUGUCAGCACUGUCUGUGAAUAAACAACUCAACAUCGAUCAGCUUGUUGAAUAUGUCGUUUUGUUCAACUCGGUGUUGAAAAAGUAUGGAACCCCUUGUUUAGUCCAGGAUGAUACCGUAGUUCAAGCUAUUAAAGACUGUCUUGACGCCCAUAAGCUAAUCAUAUUUCGUGCCUCCAAUGAAUUCUUUAGUUGUCAACCGGCAAUUUCAGAAGGUGCUGAUAUUCAAAUUCUUGCAGCGGAUCGUUUAGUUUUGCAGCAGUACACUAAUCAGUUACUAGGACCACUGAUUAAUGUUGCCGUAUUCGGUAUAAUUGAAGCAAAAUGCGCUCGAGAGUCAAGUGAUAUUAUCAACGAAUCAAAGUUUUUUGCAAAGUAUUUUAAAGAUGAAUUUAUUUUAAUAACCAGCUAUACACAAAAUGAUAUCGCUUCCUUGAAUGAUGCAAGCAAUCCAAUGCUCAAGAAUGUUUUAGGUGUUUUGCUUCAACCAUUUUUGGAAUCUUUCUAUAUUAUUCUCCAUCUGAUUGCUAUGGGAUUCUCAACCAUAAAAGAGAUUCAACUUCAAUACAGGAAUGUGGUUAGCACUAUUUUGGCAGAAGGAGCCAGUAGCUUUCUUGAAAUUUUAGCGAUUGAUAAAAUUUCUCGUCAUGUGCUUAAUCUGGUUACCAACGGCCAUCUUUGUGCAGUGAAGACGGGUAAUAAUACCAGUUAUCAACAAAUGGACGAUAUUUCGCCCAUCAUAGUUAAAAUUGAAACUUAUUUGGACGAGCGGCUGAAGCGCUUCAUGGUAUCUCAUCGACAGAAAACCGUCCUAAUUCAGUCUCAUCUUUAAUAAUUUUUCUGAAAACUGCAAGAAUUUUUUUUGUCUUACCGGUUGCCUCAACUCAAAUUAAGGUUUUCCGCUUUCUUCAAGGCAUUUUUCCCGCCGCUUAUCGAUAACAUCAUUUGUAUAAUUUAGAUCUUCGGCAGGGUCGUCGUCAUCCCGUUUGGUAACAAUCGGCUUGAAUAAUUAAAAAAUGAUUAUUUAGCUAUAAAAAUCAACUGGCAUCUAUACAAUUCAACCCUCUAUUUGCAUUUCCCCAAUGUGUGAGCUUAAAAUUAACACGGUGGUUGGUUUAAAAUGAUUCAAAAUCUCACUGACCUUGUGAGCAAACUGAGUCUCAAAUGUGUGAUGUAAAUAGUUUAUUUCACUUUUAUUCUCUCCACCUCUGGGUAUAAUUAUAGGGGAGCUCAAGUCGAAUCUGAGUUGAUGGCUAAAAUUAGAGUUGUAGCAAUUACUCUGCAUCAGUUACGCGUUCAUAACAUGGUUAAACUGUAGUUCAAUUAUUUACCUAAACUUUGUUGUGAAUGCCAAGUGUGAAAAUAGAUCUUUUGCGACCUUCA